AUGUCGUACCUGCAAUCCGUACGACCUUAUCAGUUGAGGACUAUCAGAGUUGAUAUGGAUAGUAUGGAACGGUACGUCGAUCUCUGCUGCCCGAAAAAUGAAGAUGACGCGGCAUCCGCUCCUUUUACUAAAGGACAACCGCUACUUUGUCAGGUGUUCACAGCUGGUGUUAAUUAUUCAUGUUGUCCUACAAAUCCCUGUAAUCAAUGCGGGCGAUCAGCAGCAGGUGCUGCUAGUGAGAUUUUGCGGUGA